AUGGAGAUCUGGCAGACAAUCAUCGACAUCGCCACCGUCGUCGCGUAUCUCUCCGCGCUGCGCAUUUUCGUCUGGUUCCUCACCUUCAUUCUCUUCUACAAACUCGGCAUGUACGACCGCAAGCGGGCAGAUAAUCUUCAUCACCGCCGGCGUCGUCUCGUUCCUCGCCGCGCCGGGCAUUUUCGUCUGGUUCCUCACCUUCAUCCUCUUCUCCAAAAUCGUCAUGUACGACUGCAAGCUGGCCUCCACAACCGAACCAAUCCAGCUGCUAUUCAUAAUGCACGAGAUGUCCAGCAAGACCUCCAGUCGGUCUCCGCCGACCGAUCAACCCAGUCGUCAUCCAACAACGAACGAGGCUCCAACGAAGACGCCAAGUCGGUCUCCACCAACCAAUCCAAGUCCUUGUUGUCCAUGAGCACACCCAAUUCCGAUGAAGGAAAAUAUGCCGAAGCCUCGCAGUCUGAUCCCAAGCGGUAUUACCCUGUUUCUGGGCGUCAAGUUCACAUCGUUAAGACCAAGAAAAACUAUCAAGACCACUGCUGGGUUGAUCACCAAGUCGUUGAAGAGUACAGAAGUAUUAGAGCCACAAAGUCGCUUUCACGCGCUCGCCCACCGCUGCAAGUUCUCGACACACGGGGACAAUAG